AGAGUAACGGCUGCGCCGUGGCGUGCGCAGCGCUGGGUGUACGUGGGCGACGAGGAGCUGCGCGAGUACCCGCUUGGGGCGCUGCAGGCGGCGGCGGCGGCGGCGGCGGGGGCGACGGUGAUGGUGGUGGACGCAGACCUGCAGCUGGACGCGGCGCGCGCCCUUGUCGCCUCCGUCAGCAGCCGCCUCCAGGUCGUCUUCCUUUCCUCGGGCCACGCUGCAGGAAUUGCGACUAAUGGGCGGCCGCUGGCCCUGCGCGCGCUGGAGGGGGCGUGGCCCGGGCUGCGGGGCGGCGUGGGCGGGGCGGCGCUGGCGGCGCUGGCGCGCGGCCGGGCGGUGGCGCUGGGCGCCGCCCCCGAGGAGCCCCCGGUGCCGUGCCUGUACGUGGCGCGCGUGCUGGAGCACCCGCCGGCGCUGGACGCGGCCGUGCUGCGCGCGCUGCGCCCCGAGGCCGACCUCCUC